CGUGAGCACCGGCCGGGCUCCGGUGUGUCCACCGCCUCGCGGACUUGUAAUUAAUCUCGCGUUAUUUAAAGCUCGCACCAUGGACGCUACUAUUUAUCAGAUCAUAUUUGGAGAGCUCGCGGAGCUAAACUGUAGUUUGGUAGAUGCUUUCCAUGACACUUUUUUGGAAAACGCUUCCUUGUCUUUGCUGAGCACUGAUGGUUUAUAUUGUAAUGCCACAACCGACGAGAUUGGAACCUGCUGGCCACGGAGUAGCACCGGGAGGAUUGUAGAGAGACCCUGCCCUGAGUACAUCAAUGGGGUGAAGUACAACACGACCAGGAGUGCUUACAGGGAGUGCAUGGAAAAUGGGACGUGGGCGUUGAAGAGCAAUUACUCCAAUUGUGAGCCCAUUUUGGAGGAGAAGAGAAAAUAUCCAAUGCAUUAUAAAAUAGCGCUGAUCAUCAACUACCUAGGCCACUGUAUCUCUGUGGGAGCUCUAGUCGUGGCCUUCAUUCUCUUCUUGUGCUUAAGGAGCAUACGAUGUCUUCGAAACAUCAUCCACUGGAAUUUGAUCACCACCUUCAUACUGAGGAAUGUUAUGUGGUUUUUGCUUCAGUUGAUCGACCACAAUAUUCAUGAGAGCAACGAGCCGUGGUGUCGAAUAAUCACGACAAUAUACAACUACUUUGUGGUGACAAACUUUUUUUGGAUGUUUGUUGAAGGAUGUUACCUUCACACAGCCAUUGUAAUGACUUAUUCAACCGAUAAGCUCAGAAAGUGGGUCUUCCUUUUCAUUGGGUGGUGUAUUCCAUUCCCUAUAAUAGUAGCCUGGGCCAUUGGAAAGUUGUACUAUGAAAACGAACAAUGUUGGUUUGGUAAAGAACCUGGGAAAUAUAUGGAUUACAUUUACCAGGGACCAGUUAUUCUUGUGCUUCUGAUAAACUUUGUUUUCCUCUUCAACAUAGUAAGAAUUCUUAUGACCAAACUAAGAGCUUCAACUACGUCUGAAACAAUACAAUACAGAAAAGCCGUGAAAGCAACACUGGUCUUGCUACCUCUGCUGGGCAUCACCUACAUGCUCUUCUUUGUGAAUCCGGGGGAGGAUGACAUCUCACAAAUUGUUUUCAUCUAUUUCAACUCCUUUUUACAGUCUUUCCAGGGGUUCUUUGUGUCAGUAUUUUACUGCUUUCUUAAUGGAGAGGUACGUUCUGCAGUAAGGAAACGGUGGCAUCGCUGGCAGGACAACCACGCCCUUCGAGUGAGAGUGGCACGAGCCAUGUCCAUCCCCACAUCUCCAACCAGGAUCAGCUUCCACAGCAUCAAACAGACCACAGCUGUGUGACCAGGGGGACAAGCACAUGCUGUAAUCUCCACUAAAGCAUCUGAGGGAACAGACUUACUCGUUUUUUUUUUUUUUCCCCGGUCCGAAUAAUGAAGUGAUUUACAGAACAAACUGAUUCCUCUGACAAGGCCACAGUGUGUCAGAUGUGACUUCUGUUGACUGGUGAGAAAAACAAACAGCACCUAAAAUUACACUUUAACUGCACAUGAAGUAGAAUGGACACAUAAGAUGGUGGAUUUAUACCCCGUAACAUACUGUACAUGAGGUAUGAGGGUUUGAGGGCGUAUUUAAAAGACAUAAAACAGACAUCAUCAUCAAACUGUCACAUCACAACAAGUCUUAUCGUCUGAUCUUACAGUCUUCUUGUUGUUGUCAUCUUACUGCUCUGUGGUUAUAAGUGGAGCAAGAUAAUCCUACGAGAUUCGCAGCAGGAUACUUCAUACACUUGUGGGAAUGUGGCUCCGUUGUUAGUUUGUGUGAGUGCAACGAGGAAUACUUGCAUUGACUAAGAUGCAUUCAUAAUGUUGCCAAAACAGCCAUUUGUAUUAUGCUGUAUGUUAAACAUAAAAAUUAAAAAAAUGCUUUUUGAGUUAACUGCUCCCUGGCAUCAACAGCCUGCUUUUGACAGCUUGGAAAGAAGCUUUGGGGAAGAAGAUGGUUCACCUGAAUUAAAUAUAAAAAAAACUGUACAGAACAAAAGGCAUACGAUUUAAAAGUGCCACUGCUCUCUGCACUGAAAAGGGACUCAAAAUAAUUUAAGUGUGAAGUGAAUAAUUUGUAUUCACCAGAACACUUUCCUAACAGGUAUACUGAACGUUUUGCUCAAUGUGAUUUAUUACAACUAUGCCAUUCUCAUGGAGUCUUUAUAAUGUUUCCUCAGAGGAGUCUCCUCCUUUAAGUCUGUGUUCUUUUAUACAAUGUUGAAGUUUUAGUCUCGUACUGUACUGUUUUAAAAUAGUUAUUCACAAGAUAAGCUUCCUCUCUAAUGCUGUGUUCCAGCUAUUUGUUUCCACCAUUGUUUUUUCCCCCUUGUUGGAUUUAGCUUUUUUCCCUUCAGAGGAGGGUGCAAACAUAAAGAGCAAUUUUUUGUGUUAUGUGUUUGAAUUUCCUGAGGCUGAUGGAUGAGCAGUCCUCAAUUAAAGCUCUCUCCCCAACU